CUGAUGAGGUGGUCCCAGCAGAGGCAAGGGUCUGGUUUCAGGGAGGGGUGAGUGGACCAGAGUGAGAUCUUCUGUGUGAACACCAGGACACAGCUGAUGUUGAGAGGAGAUGCCCAUAACCCCUCCAGAAUACAGACCGUCAGAUCCACAGACCCCCUGGUGAUGCAGAGAGGUCUCCCAUCAACUCCACCAUGAAGCUGUUCUUGUUGCUAUGCCUACUGGCUCUCGGAAAUGCUAAACCCUACCAGCCAAUCAAUGUCCAGGAGUUCCUCAGAAACUAUGACAUGAUGAUGGCUGACGCCGGCGACGACGACGAUAAUGAUAUCGAUGACGAGGAUGAAGAGUCGAAGGAGGAGGAGGAGGAGGAGGAGGAAGAGUCGGAAGAAGAGGAAGAGGAGGUUGAAGACUGCCCAGCUGGGUGCCAGUGUUGGCCAAGGGUGGUGCAGUGCUCUGAUCAGGGCCUGAUCGCCAUCCCUGGGAAGAUCCCUGAGGACACCGUCAUGAUCGACCUCCAGAACAACGACAUCACCGACGUCGGCGAGAACGCCUUCAAAGGCAUCCACAAGCUCUAUGCCCUGUUCCUGAUCAACAACAAGAUCACCAAGAUCCACCCCAAAGCCUUCAAGAACAUGGAUCACCUGAAGCUGCUCUACCUGUCCUACAACCUGCUGACGGAGAUCCCCGCCAACCUGCCCCGCAACAUCCUGGAGCUACGUUUCCAUGGGAACCGCAUCAACACCAUCCAGAAGGAGGCCUUCAAAGGCCUGAGGAACCUGAACGUCCUCGAGAUGAGUGCUAACCCACUUGCUAACAGUGGGAUCGCCCUUGGAGCGUUCGAUGGCAUGUCCAGCCUUUACAUUGGGAUGGCAGAGGCCAAACUCACCGCUGUGCCAAAAGACUUGCCCGCAUCCAUCACAGAACUGAGUCUGGACUACAAUAAGAUCUCCAAGGUGGAAAUAGAAGACUUCAUCAGAUACGGAGAACUGCAGAGACUGGGCCUGAGUUUUAACCAGAUCAAAUCCGUGGAGAACGGCAGUCUGGCUCACAUCCCCAAAAUCCGGGAGAUCUGCCUGGACAACAACAAGCUGAGGAAGGUCCCAGCAGAACUCGGCUCGCUGCGCAACCUCCAGGUGGUCUACCUCCAUGCCAACAAAAUCAGCAGUGUGGGCGUCAAUGACUUCUGCCCCGUCAGCCUGGGCAGUAAGAAGAAGAAGUACACGGGCAUCAGUCUGUUUGCUAACCCCUUCAAGUACUGGAACGUGCAGCCGGCCGCCUUCCGUUGUGUCAGCGGGGGCAGGGUAGUGCAGCUGGGCAACUUCAGGAGGAGGAAGUAGAGGCCGACCUGGUGAGCUCCACCCGGCCUGAACAGCAGGGGCUCUUAAACCUUCUCAUCCCGGGACCCAAAAAAGAGUGGAAAGUUUGGAAAGGAUCACCCAUUCUGGUGUGCUCAGUUUUCCAGGCCUUGUCAGACCCACCUCCAGAUGGAUCGCCACCCAUUUUGGGCCCAAAGUUUAAGAAACGCUGCUUUACAGGUACCUCGGCCCGACAAAAGACGAGGCUGGAGGAUCAGAUAGAGCCAUGCUAACAAACAUACACAGCACAUUUAGUAGUUAUACAGGGUGUAUGUUGAACUAUUUAGAAUAAACGUACAUAAUGUAAAUAUAUUAACCAUAAUGUCUAUUAUUAGGUUUAAAAAAAGUCUAUGCAUGUGUUCCGUCUUGGGCCAUCCUCUCAUUAUGUCACUGUUCUUCUGUCCUAUCAGGGCUUUCCGUGUUAUACUUGCUCACUUCCUGGACUGUAAUCUGCAUCUAAUGCAUAUGUAAUCUUAUUGAAGGCAUGUAACCACAUGCGGAACUUCAGCAUUAUGAUCCAAACUGGCUGACCUGACCACAGCUACCAUCAGAACCAGGACACAGAAUCACAUCCCUUAUGUUCAGGUCAUCUCCUGCACCCAACUUAGAGUGGGUGGAGAUAGGCUUGGAUUGGCUGGAGAUAGGAAUAGAGUGGGUGGAGCACUACCAGGAUUAGGGUUGGCAAUAGUUGUGUGGGUAGGAGCUGGCCACGGAGUGGUUGGAGCUAGGCCAUGGAGUGGUUGGAGCUAGGCCAUGGAGUGGUUGGAGCUAGGCCACGGAGUGGUUGGAGCUAGGCCAUGACUCAUAGGCUUGUCAAAUAAACCCAUAGAGCUGCUCAAACUGAACAAUAAGACCAGCAGCUUCAUAUCAACAAUGUCCAGAUUUGAGAAACACUUAAAAACUAGCAAACAUUCAUCUUCAAACCUGCAUUUUAGUGGCAUUGUGUCAUGACUCUAUUUAGAGGCUUUCCAUCAUAUCAAUGUGUAAAGAGCAACAGGUCAAGCAGGUCUGACUGUACCUCCAAAUUGUUUUUGGGGAUCUUUGUAAAUACAUGUUUCAAUUGGAGAGCUCUGUGGGCCAUGUUCUGUGAUACCAAAGAACACUCAGAUUUCUCCAAAUGAUACAUUAUUAAACUAAUAAUAGCUUAUCUAACGCCGAGAUCACAGUGGAAACUCGUAAUAACUAUUUUGCCAGGAAACCAUCCAGCAGAGCUUAAUAGCAUUGUAUUCAUGUUCUAAAGAAUGAGACGUUCAUUAACUGUUGGUUUGUGACUUUGAAGGAGAAAUAUAAAAAUCUGGAGACACGCUGUUAGUCUAGAGCAGAGAUUAGACAAUUUUACCGUAGAAAGGAGGGGAAGAGGAACAUGCAUAGUCUCAUGUUAGGUUCAAGUUCAACUCUUAUUCUCGGAUUCACAGAUCACAGAGUCAGACUGAGCAAUGGUACGAGAUAAUACUGGAUCAUUCUAGAUGAUACUAGAUAAUCAGUAUGAAGCGUUUUCAGCUCAACACAGCAAGGCAUUUCAGGACAUAUGUAUCAUUCUAAUUUCUUAAAGUUAAUUUGUCAUAUGGGCAUUAGAGAUCAAGUACUUAAUGACCAUGAAAUGCUUGAAUUUUAGCUUCAUCAACUAUACUAUUUUUUCAUGCCAGACCAUCUCCAUUCAGGAUUCUGUUCCAAGGAUGAAGAAAGAGCUGUAGCUUCUUUAGGUGUUGUGAUACAUAAGGUCUGCUUAUUUGGUGAUACUAUCCUCACAAAUGGUGCUAGCGUAUUUAUUAUGUUGCUCAAUAAACACUUGUUGUUA